AGUGGCCAAUGAGCGUUGGCGGGUGAGAUUUGAAAGCGAGGCGGGGCGGCGCGCGCAGGGGGUGAGGGCCGUGCAGUUUGGGCGAGGUACCACACAGGAACAGUAACCUGGAGAGAAGAGACAGGUCCUCAGGAUGGCUGCUACCUCCCAGUUUGCCAGUCGAUACAAGAGGGAUUUGAGCACGGAAGCCCUGAGAGCCAAAGUUGCCCGCAGGAGAUCGACCCUUCAGAAGGAGAACAGGCACAAGCAGUUUGAGAAGGGCCGGCAGUUCGGGCUGGCAGAUCUCAAUGUUCAGCCCUCCAAAGAGAAGGGAAUUUCUGAACUCAAGGAAACAAGGGAAACAGGCUCCCAAGAGAGCAGCAGCGUAAAACAAAAACAAGCUGUAAGUGCAGCCACCAAGAGGGUGAACGAGCGCAGGGAGAUGCUCCAGCGCUACAAAGAACAGAAGGAGCUUCGCAAGCUGGUGGAGCAGAGGGAGAAAGCCAAGAAGGGGGUGUUCAAAGUUGGGUUGUACAAACCAGCUGCACCUGGAUUUCUUGCCCUUGCACCUGAGGAUCCAGCGGUAGCAAAGCCAAAAGAGAAGGCAGCUCCUGCUUUCUCUGGAAGGAUGACACGAUCAAGGGCCAAGAUCCAAGAAGGAAAAUCUCUGAUACCAAGUCUGAUAUCAACAGCACCUAAGUCCUCUACGGUCAGUGCCCACGGGCAGAGCGCGCGCCCCGCACAAGCAGGACGUAAACAGAUGGGCACAGCCAAAGGGGCUGAGAAGGAGAAAGUGUUGCAGACUGCAGCCCAGCCAGCCUCAAAUGUGAGGAUCACCAGAGCAGCUGCCUCUGCAGCCAGGCAGGUGCUGAAACCAACAGCUACUGCUGCUACUGCAGGUAACCAGUCACAGAGAAAGACAACAAAUGUAGGGAAGCAGAAGCAAGCUGUCAGACCUAAUACCACGAAGGUAAUUCCUUCUAAACGUGAAGUGGAGAAAAACACUCAAGUGGAUCCAGGGGCGAAAGGUCCUGCAGCUGAUUCCAAACAUUCAACACCAGUAGAACUGAAGCAAGAACAAAGCUCAGUGGAAAACAACAAUUCUGCUCCAGGGAGACCCAAAACAUGCUCUUUUGCACCCGGGAACUUUGUGUUUCAGCCACCGAGCGAAUUAGCAAACUACAAAGUUAAACCCAUGACUCCUUCAAGUGCAAAGGCUUUUUUGACACCCACUGCUUUCUGGAAUUUCUCAAAAUCUCCAGUCAAAAGAAAUGAAAAAUCCAGUGAAACUAAAGCACAAAAUCCUAAUUUAAGAAGUCGAAUUCUACCUUCUGUUAGAGGCAUUCAAGAAAAGCAAAUGACCACAAGUUUGGAAGGAGAAGAAGCAGGUGAAUCAGAUGAGAAAACUUCCACUCAGAGAUCAAAUGAAACAACUCCUGUCUCAACAGCACUUGAAGGGAAGUCAGAUGAUACAGGAGAGCAAGAGCACGAUGUGCCCUAUUUCAGAAACAUUCUUCGGACUCAGACAGAGAGGCUGCUCUCUCAGUGCCUCCAGUGGGAUGGAAACCUCGAGCUGGACAUUCCAGAGGAUGCUAAAGACCUGAUUCACACCACAAUUGGUCAGACAAGACUGCUGAUAGAAGAAAGGUUCAAACAGUUUGAAGGCCUGGUUGAUAAUUGUGAAUUUAAACAAGGUGAAAAAGAAACAAAGUGUACAGACCUGGAUGGAUUUUGGGAUAUGAUUAAUUUUCAGAUUGAAGACGUGAAUAAAAAAUUUGAUAAUCUGAAGAAGCUUCAAGACAACGAGUGGCAGCCACUUGAUGUCCCAAGCCAAGCAGUUGUCAAGAAAAAGGCUGUUCCAGGUGGAGUGCCUAAAGCAAAGCUGGAAGCAGCUGCAAGAGCUGCUGCCCGGAGCCGCCUGGCUUCUGUCAAGGCAGCCAUGAGGGAGAAAAUGAAGUGUGAGGGAGCUGCUGAUGGUGCACAUCAGGAGAGACUGCCACAAGCAGAAAAAGUGGUUUUUGAAGCGGGAUUUUUCAGAGUUGAAAGCCCUGUGAAAAACUUUUCAGGCUUGCUUUCAAAGACCCCUCACAGAUCUUCCCAGAGGACUCCUGGAAAACAAACAACUCCAAGAUCAUCCCGUAGAACUUUGCUUCCAAACACUCCUUCUGCUCUCCGUGACCCUGAGGAUGCAACUGCAAAACAAACACCACAAAAUCUGAAAAUGGACCAAUUUCCCACUGCAAAAACUCCCCCGUUGGAUAAACUCCCUGAUGGUGUUGUUGAACAAAGCAUUUCCAUGGUUGCAGAAGAAGAAAUCUGUCCUGUUGCCAGCAGAGCAGAGGGAGAUGAGGUGCUGGAAAAUUCUAGCAGUGAAUCCAAAGCAGUGGAUGGCAUGGAAGAGAUGGAACUCUCUGCUGCAGAGCAAGGACAAGACGUUGCCAUGUGCAGCCCGGAGAAAGAUCCCGGCACAGAGACAAACUUUGCUCAGUCUGGAGAACCAAAAAUCCAUCCAACAGAUGUUUCCUGUAGUGAUUUGACAUCCAAUGGCAGGAAUCCUUUAGAUAUGCCAAUGCUGGAUGCUGAGCUUCCCUUCACUCCAGUGAAGACCAAAGCCCAGAAGUUUGCAGCAGCUGAAGUGUUCAGUGACCUCAUUGUAUUUUCUCCUGCUGUCCCCUCUGGGGAUAAAUGAAGAGUGACUUAAAAUGCAAAAUACAUACAUUUUAUGAGGGAGAAACCCACAGAGGGUACCUGGAACACAGACUGCUACCCUGGAACUGUGUUGGGAGUGAAGGGGUACCUGUAGUCAUGGAUCUGAUAAUGGGUUUUGCAAGGUUUUAUGGUGCAGUUGUACACCAAGCACUGCUGUAUGUUGGUAGUGGGCUGUGUUCUGGUGAUACCUGCUGUAUGCAGUGCUUGUAAAUUCUGACUGCAACCCAAAAUACUUUUAUGUUGGUAUCAUUUCAUGUAUUUCCUGUCUCCUUCAGGCUGUAAAACUCCUCACCUCUAAACUUUUAUGUCCUGGCUUUACCUCAUGAUUUGUUGUUAUUACAAGGUGCCUACCAGACUGGCUGUGCCUGUGCCCUGUUCCUGAUGGGAGGGCACCUUCUGGGGUAAGACCCAGCCUGUUCCCUCCCCAGAGCACUGCUCCAUGCUCUGUCCAUGCUCUGAGGGUUCUGUUGCACCCUCAGGCUCCAGAGUUUGGUGUGUGAACAGCUGCCUCAGCACCAGCUGUGGCACUGUUGGAUUCAUGUAAUUCUUUCCUGGGGGAAAUUUUCCUACUGGCUUUGUAAUAUUAGAAACUGUCUCAGAACAAGGAUUUCAUAGUCAGAUAAUACCUUUUCUUGGCAAUGUAUUAAAGUGGACAUUGUUUAUUAUUUCCUUUAAGGACACAGUUUUCUAUUGAGUAUCUUAAGUACCUUCAAGCUAAACUGUAUUUUCUCCUUGUUUUUGACAUGUUUAAACUCAGCCUCUUCUCUCAUCUUGUUCCUUGUGCAUUCCCUACCCAGACUGUAACAUAUUUGUGCAUAAGGAGUGUGUCAGUUAUACAGACUUUGCAUUUGGGGGGGUAGUAUUAAAAUACCACCAGUUGUUGUAUUUUUAAGAAAUAUCUCACUGGGCUUCUUCUUGUACAGGUGACCUUAGUGUAACAUACACAUUCUUCCACCCAGCCUUGGUUCCAAACCAAGCAGAAAUAAUUCAACCCCUCACCAGAAAAGGGUUAGUCUGGUUAAAGUUUUAACCUGGCAGCUGUGUACUGAUUACACUGAAAUAAAGAGAGGAAGCUGA